GCUAUCACCAUGAGGGUUUUGACAUACAUCUUUUUAUCCGUGGUUUUAUGCAUGGGACUUGGACACGGAGAUUAUAUAGUGCAUGAUCAUCAUGAGGAUAAUUAUGGAGCUUUGAUAAAUUUUAUCAUCAACAACUACAAAUACAACGAGACAAUAUCAGAACUUAUCUCAAAAGUUCAAAGUCUUGAAAGACAAAUGGCACAACUUCUUUCUAGCACAGCUUCAAGUGGCACAGGGUUCACAUACGUCAGAUGGGGGCGAACAACUUGCCCGGGAAAUGGAUCAGAAUUACUAUAUGCAGGUUACAUGGCUGGACUUUACUUCGUCCCACCAACAACAACCCAAAACCAAGAGGCUGGGCGUGGUGGUAACUACCUUUGCCUGCCCUACAAUCCGUCGUGGAACUAUUAUUCGGACAAAGAAAACGGCAAUUUAAAGUUAACCGGGGUAGAAUACGGCAUGUACGCUCAUUUAUCUGACAUUUCAAACUUUUUUGGAAGCAAUAUUCGCGGACAACAGGCACCAUGCUCGGUUUGUCGUUCACUCAGGUCCCAAGUGAUGAUUCCGGGACGAAGUGGCUGCUACGAUGGUUGGACCAUGGAGUAUUCCGGCUAUCUGGUAUACGCUCAACCUGAUUACAACGAAGGGACGGAAUUUGUUUGCCUCGAUUUACGCCCUGAACAUGCUGGAGGUUCAACAAAUUAUGAAGCAAAAAACAGAAUCUUUCUUGUAGAGGCUAACUCUGAAUUCGGUUUGGAUGACUCUUAUCCUAAUGGACGAGAAAUAGCCUGUGUCAUUUGUUCCAUCUAAUACUUUGUAGCGUUUAAUUAAUAUU